UGACAGGGUUUUGGUUUGGUUUCGUAGGACUUUCUUAUUGUGACACUGCUUCAGUGAACAGUUGAUAAGUUUAUUUAACGGGAAGUAACAUUAUGACAUGUGGACCCUCAUGCAAAUGAUACAGCUGGAACGAAUACAAGCUCAGUAUUGAACGCCUUUUGCUCUGGAAUAUUGAUCUGAUGCACUGGUUUUGGUGGUAGCAAUAAUUAUCUGCGAUGCUAAACAACAACAGCGUUAAAUAGUUUUUGUUGAACGACAACAUUUUGUCGCUCAAGGACUCCAGAUUGUUAAGUUACUUGAGCUGCCAUGGCCUCGGAGGGGAAACCUGCCUCAGGUGUACGCUCUGCAAGAAUGAAUGCAGUCCGACACCUGAUAAACUUUGGGGUCAAUCCUGCAGCUCUGGCUUACGCUAUGACCACCCUGGGAUCUGCCAUGAUAAACAAUAUAUUCAGCUUCUACUAUGUCAAACUCUUUCUCAAUAAAUACAAGAUAUCGGAGGGAGCAUUCCACCAAUCACAAGUGGUGUACAUGGUGUGGAAUGCAGUCAAUGACCCUCUCUUCGGUUACCUGCAAGAUAACUCCAGGGUGCCCUGUUGCUCUCAGCGACGUCUCUCCAUCCUGUACGGUGCUCCCCUCUACUCACUGGCUUUUCUUCUAGCCUGGUUCCCAUGGCGGUCCUACGCCCCUGGUGACUGGAUGAGCGGCUUACAUUUGAUGGUGGCGCUGUGUGCUUUUGACGGCAUGCUGACUUUUGUGCUGCUGGCACAAUGUGCGUUGUUUGCAGAGAUAUCCAGCCACCAUCAGAGCCGACUAAGACUUGUAAAGUACAGCCAGGUGGCUUCUCUCAUUGGCUCCUCCAGCGUCCUCUUCUGUGGUGUGCUGUCCAGAAACAUGGAGGACUUCACAGCCUUCCAAGCCUUCACAGUGCUCGUUGCUAUCCUGAGCUGUGGCUGCAUGCUCUAUACAGGCCUCCACAGUGAGAGCCGUUUUGAUAACAAAGGAUCUCAAUCAGAUGCAGUGGGGUGUGUUGACCAGACUUCCCAACAGUUUGCGGUUUCCUUCUCCAUGUUAAGAACAUUGAUGUGGCAAAUCCUGACCAAUAGGGAUUUUCAGCUAUUUGUGCUCAUGAACUUCUUCCAGGUUUUCAUGUUGGCUUUCUUUAAUAAUUUUACCAUGAUAUUUUCUGAGCACCUGAUUCCUCCAGAUGUGCUUCCAUCUCUGGCCAAGAGCAUCAUGUAUGGAGCGGGAUUCAUCUGUCCACAGCUGUUAGUGUUGAGCUUUCAGAGUCUGCUGCAUGGUCUUGGCUACUACAGGAUCAUCCUCUUCGCCUUUUACGUGGAGGCUGGAAUGGCGGCUAUCAUGUUAGCGCUUGGUCCUCAGCAUUACUAUAUCCUGGCAUUUUUCCUCACUGUUAACAUGGUCAUCAUUCAAGCUGCCUUCAGUCUUUUCAGCUUGCCCUUGGCUGACAUCAUUGAUACAGACCUACAGUUGUACAAGCGCAGUUCCCCUCUCUCCUCCAUGGUGUUUGGGACGAAUGCUUUGUUCACCAAGCCAGCUCAGUCUCUGGCCCCUAUGAUAGUGCUCAGUAUCCUCAACCAGUUUGGAUAUGAACAACUGAAGGAAGCAGGAAGGGAUUCAAACCCAAGCACCUUUGAGAGCCUCCACAGUGUGAUGUUCUACCUGGUGUGUUUGGUGCCAUUGUGUGUCUCUGCUGUGCAAGUCCUAGCUUGGAGGCCAUUUUCAAUCCGUGACAGUCACACAGUCGACACAAAGUACAUUGACAACUAAUUUCAGUGUUUUCAACAGCUGACUGUCAUUUCUUUACCUUGAAUUUUGGAAAAUUCUUUAUGACUUACUGAAAGAUCAUGUUGAAAGUAAUGUGCAAAUAUAUAUAAAUAUAUAUUUAUGUAUAUAGAGAGAAAGAAUCCAGGAUUUUGUAUAUAUAUAUUUUGA